AGAAUAUUUUUAUUUUUAAAAAACCCUAAACCCUUCCAAUGGUGUCCGAUAUCGGCAAAUGAAGCCAAACGUAUCUAACAAAUGCUUGAAAACCAGUGAAGCCGAAGAAGAAGGAGGAGAAGAAGAACAUUUAAAUUGUGGUCUCCUUCACUGCGCUCACCUCGUACUUCCGUGGCUGACGUCUCUCGAGCUCGCAACCAUCUCUCUCUCCUGCAAAUCCCUCAAUGCCAUAUCCAAAUCCAUCACUCUCCGCCGGACUCUCGACGCUUCCAGAUCCCUCGAGAAAAUUCCCAUCCCAUUCCAUAAUCCAAUCGACGAUCGCCUCUACGCCUUCUUCAUCUACACCCCCACGGUUAUUAUCUCCAAUAAACAUUUCCAGCGCCAAUGCUGGGGCUCAAUUUCCGAUUCCCAAUCGGGCCAUGACGAGAGCGAUUCGAUUAAUUUGGUUGAUAAUUGGGUUGAUGGUGUAUUUGGAUGCGAUUGUGAAAAUUGUGGGGAGUUUGAUUUACUAUGCCCCUGUUUGAGCUUUGAUGGGUUGGAGGAUGUUGCUAGCGAGUGUGGGCCGCGAUGUUCUUGUGGGUUGGAGUGUGAAAAUCGGUUGACCCAGAGAGGAAUUUCUGUUCGAUUGAAGAUUUUGAGAGAUGAGAAGAAAGGAUGGGGUUUGUAUGCGGACGAGUUGAUUCAAGAAGGGGCGUUCAUUUGUGAGUAUGCAGGUGAACUUUUGACCACUGAAGAAGCAAGAAGGCGGCAGAAAAUAUAUGAUGCAUGUGCCAAAGGCGGGCGGUUUGCUUCAUCUCUUCUCGUUGUGAGAGAGCAUCUUCCAUCUGGAAAUGCAUGUUUGCGAAUGAACAUCGAUGCGACCUGGAUCGGAAACGUCGCACGGUUCAUAAAUCACUCUUGUGACGGAGGUAAUCUGGUAACAAGACUGGUGAGAAGUACAGGUGUUAUGUUGCCUCGCCUUUGUUUCUAUGCUUCUCAAAGCAUAUCAAAAGAGGAAGAGCUUACCUUUAGUUAUGGUGAUAUCAGAUUAAAGCAUGAAGGCUUGAAAUGCUUUUGUGGUAGUUCUUGCUGUUUGGGAACUUUGCCUUCAGAAAAUACGUAACUGCAUGCGUGAGAAUAGAAUGGGAAUGGGAAGUAAAGGAAUUGAGAGUAAUUUGUAUGAUUUCUCCUCCAAUUUUGUACUUCAUUUUAGAUAUGAUGGAUGUGAAAAAUAACGAAUUUGUUUAUUUGACUAAUUAUGCCUGCUAAUUAUCGCCAA